AUGCCGCGUCGUAAGAAGGCGGCGUCGCCGCAGGAGGAGGAGGACGAUGGUCCUGCUGGUGGACAAAAAGAGCAGCAGCAGCAGCAGCAGCAGACAGCAGCAGCAGCAGCAGCAGGAGCAGCAGCAGCAGCAGGAGAAGAUAAACAAAAUAAUUCAUCAACAGGGAAGAAAGGAAAAUACAGAAAAGAUAAACCCUGGGAUACAGAUGAUAUAGAACAUUGGAAGAUUGAACCCUUCUUACCUGAGCAUAAUCCAUUGGGUAUGACAGAAGAAUCAUCAUUUGCAACAUUAUUCCCUCGUUAUAGGGAAAAAUAUCUACAAGAAAUGUGGCAAGAAAUUAAGAAAGAAUUAUCUAUACACUUUAUUAAGGCAGAAUUAAAUCUAACAGAAGGAUCUAUAACUGUUAGAACCACGAAUAAGACUUAUGACCCAUAUAUUAUUCUUAAGAACCACGAAUAA